GCUUCUCGGAAUUUAUUUAUAUUUUGCUUAGAAUAUCGUAUGAAACGGCUUACAUUUUUAAAGUUACAUUUACCUUCGCAUGGUGCCAAAUUAGUUUAUACUGAACUACACUACCCAUGAUUACAAAAAUGCAUCGCGGAAGGGGAAAAUGUCUGACACAACGCGCUUGUUCCAGCAUUAAAUGGCAGCUUCGCAGUCUUGACUCCGACUCCCCAAGUGUUGGCGCGCCAGUGUACUUUAUGUUCGCUUAUUAAGGGAAUCUGGACUUUGAUUGGCUGAACUGUUCUUUACAGUCCGGUUGCCAUGGCGGAGCGUGUGCUCAUCGUUGGAAGUGGUGGUCGGGAGCAUGCUCUGGCAUGGAAGCUGGCUCAGUCGCCUCACAUCCAGCAAGUCCUAGUGGCUCCUGGCAACGCUGGCACAGCCAACUGUGGGAAGAUCUCCAACUCUGCUGUGAGUGUAAGUAAUCAUGCCAUCCUGGCACAGUACUGCAAAGACCAUAACGUGGGCCUGGUGGUGGUUGGCCCUGAGGUCCCGUUAGCAACAGGCAUGGUGGAUGACCUCACUGCGGCGGGUGUGGCUUGCUUUGGGCCAUCGGCCAAGGCUGCCCAGCUGGAGGCCAGCAAAAGCUUCUCUAAGAGCUUCAUGGAUCGUCAUGGCAUUCCAACAGCACGCUGGAGCUCCUUCACCGAUCCAGAUGAGGCCUGCAACUACAUUCAAGGGGCAGUUUUCCCAGCCUUGGUGGUGAAAGCCAAUGGUCUGGCUGCAGGGAAAGGCGUCAUAGUGGCAGCAGAUAAGGAUGAGGCCUGCCAGGCAGUGCUGGACAUCAUGAAGGAUAAGACAUUUGGUUCCGCGGGCGAUACCGUGGUGGUUGAAGAGCUGCUUGACGGAGAGGAAGUCUCUUGUUUGUGCUUCAGCGAUGGGUCCACGGUGGCAGCUAUGCCCCCAGUCCAGGACCAUAAGAGGCUCCUGGAUGGAGACCAGGGUCCGAAUACAGGGGGAAUGGGGGCCUACUGCCCUACCCCACAGGUGUCAGAGGAGAUGCUUCAACAGAUCAAAAACGCUGUUCUGCAGAAGACUGUAGAUGGCAUGAGAGAAGAAGGCAUACCAUAUGUGGGUGUGCUUUAUGCGGGCCUGAUGUUGACUAAGCAGGGGCCAAAGGUGCUGGAGUUCAACUGUCGUUUUGGCGACCCCGAGUGUCAGGUACUGCUGCCCCUGCUGAAGAGUGAUCUGUACGAGGUGCUGAAGAACACUCUGCAGGCUAAGCUGGCUUCCAGCGCCCCCAUCUGGCUGGAGGAUAGUGCUGCGGUAACUGUGGUCAUGGCCAGCGACGGGUACCCUGGGGCCUACCAGAAGGGUGUUGAGAUCACAGGUCUCUCUCGGGUUACAGAGAUGGGUCUUCAGGUAUUCCAUGCUGGAACUGCCUUAAAAGAAGGGGGCAGAAUUGUGACCAGUGGUGGGCGUGUCCUGGCAGUCACAGCAGUCAGGCCCACUUUAGAGAGCUCCUUGCAGAGCGCCAAUCAGGGCGUGGCUGCAGUGGGCUUCCCGAAUGCUGUAUACCGCCGCGAUAUUGGCCACCGCGCCAUUGCUUACCUCAGCCGCGGCAGAAGACUGACCUAUAAGGAGAGUGGAGUGGACAUAGCAGCAGGCAACAAGUUGGUGGACAUGAUCAAACCCCUGGCUAAAUCCACCUCUCGCUCAGGCUGCAAUGCCGAGCUCGGAGGAUUUGCUGGGCUCUUUGACCUGAAGGCUGCUGGGUUCAUUGACCCCAUUCUUGUAGCUGGAACUGAUGGAGUUGGCACCAAACUCAAGAUUGCACAAGCAUGCAACAUCCACAACACACUGGGCCAGGAUCUGGUGGCCAUGUGCGUCAAUGAUGUUCUGGCCCAGGGGGCGGAGCCUCUCUUCUUCUUAGACUACUUCUCCUGUGGGCAUCUGGAUGUGGGUGUGGCCUCAUCAGUGAUUGGCGGGAUUGCGGAGUCAUGUCAGAUGGCUGGAUGUGCUUUAUUGGGUGGCGAGACUGCGGAGAUGCCAGGCGUGUAUGACCUUGGAGAGUAUGACCUGGCCGGGUUCUGCGUCGGGGCCGUGGAGCGCGUCUCCCUUCUGCCCAGGCUCGAUGACAUCCAGCAGGGAGACGUGCUGAUUGGCGUGGCCUCCUCAGGGGUGCACAGCAAUGGCUUCAGCCUCGUGCGCAAGGUCCUGGAGCGAGCUAGCCUCCAGUAUAGCUCACCGGCUCCCUUUGGACGCCCUGGCCAGACUGUGGGUGAAGUGCUGCUCACGCCCACAAAAAUCUACAGCCGCCUUCUACAGCCAAUCUUGCGCAGUGGUGCAGUGAAAGCCUAUGCCCACAUCACAGGGGGCGGUCUCUUGGAGAACAUUCCUCGAGUCCUUCCCAAGGAACUGGCUGUAGACAUGGAUGCCAUGCGUUGGCGGAUCCCGCCGGUCUUCACCUGGCUCCAGAAGGAGGGAUCCCUCUCUGAGGACGAGAUGGCCCAUACGUUCAACUGUGGCCUGGGGGCAGUGCUGGUGGUGGGUUCACGAGAUGCGUCCAUGGUCCUCAGGCAGGUGCAGGCCCAGGAGGAGGCAUGGACUGUGGGCUCACUUGCCCAAAAGCAGCCUGGUGCGGAGGAUGUGGUAAUCAGAAACCUGGCGCGUAGUUUGAGGGCAGGCCCCAACCUUUGUCCCGACACCAGCGAGUUGCUGAACGGAGCUUCGCAUGCUGAUCCCAGUUCCCACAAGAGGACCAGAGUGGCUGUGCUCAUCUCUGGGACUGGCACCAACCUUCAGGCCCUGAUGGAGCAGACCAAGAAGCCGUCCAGCUCUGCUGAGAUCGUGGUGGUCAUCUCCAAUCGGCCAGGGGUGCUGGGCCUGAAGAAGGCGUCCAUGGCAGGCAUUCAGACAAGGGUUGUGGACCAUAAGCUCUACGGAAGUCGUGCUGAAUUUGAUGGCACUAUAGACCGCGUUCUAGAGGAGUUUGGAGUGGAGGUGGUUUGUCUUGCUGGCUUUAUGAGGAUCCUAACUGGACACUUCGUCAGAAAAUGGAACGGAAAGCUUCUGAACAUCCACCCUUCACUACUGCCCUCCUUCAAAGGUGUGAACGCACAGAAACAGGCCCUGCUCGCCGGGGUUCGCCUCACCGGAUGUACUGUGCACUUCGUGGUUGAGGAAGUGGAUGCUGGAGCCAUCAUAGCACAGGAGGCUGUUCCUGUCCUCGUGAAUGACACAGAGGAGAGCCUAUCGGAGCGCAUCCGAGAGGCGGAACACCGGACCUUCCCUGCUGCUUUAGAGCUCGUGGCGGGUGGAGUCGUGCGGCUCGGGGAGGACGGCCGCAUUGUGUGGAGCCAAUUGGCCUAGGGACCUGGACCAAGAUAUGCAGUGCUGAGGCUGCAAUCAGGAAGGUGUUGUGAUGCGCUGAGAGAAACAUUCAGGCAGGGUUAUAUUUUGUGGGUCAGAUUUAGGUCACCUAACAAAGCAAUGGCCAGGACACCAUUAAUGGUUAUGUAUGGCUAUAUUUGCCAUGUCCAGCUUCUCUGAAUGUUUUCAUUGCAAAACUUCAAAUUUAAUUAAGUUUUAUUCCAUUUCAUGGCUGUGUUAAUGUGAUCCUCUGUAGAGUUUUGCCAGGUAUCUAGUUGUUACACUACAUUGUGGCUAAAGUGUAGUCAUGUAGUACUUCUAAACAUUCCAUACAGAAAUUAAGAAAUUCUAUUGUAACUUGGAUGUCUUCAUUGUCUGUACUUCAGCCCUUCUUUGUGUCGAGAGAUACUUUGACAUUACUUUCCUUAAACUGUUUGGUAUGAACGAUGAAUUGCAUGACGGGUGAUCAGUUUCUCAACAGGAGAAAUAUCAAAUUUAUGGCUGAUAAGCUGGAGUUAAAUUUUCCUCUGCAUGUAAUGGUCCACAUUGUAUCACUUUGAUGGUAUUAAAUCUUGCUAUCAAACUUG